AUGUAAAUCUAAUUCAAAAACUUUAAUUAAAUCACUUCCUUGGGAAACUAUGUAAUUAAAUCCUUUAUAAUCAAAUCUUAUAUACCUAAGCAUUAAUUAAUUGUUGUAUCUCCAAUUUACCAUCCAUCUUCAUAGUUAAUAUUAGAGAAUUCUAUUAAAUUAAAAAGUUGCAAAACCAAUUCUUAAUUAGUACAUCCGAAUGAAUUACAGGAAUCACAUCCUAUUAAACAUUCAUUAAUUGAUAAUUAGAAUUCUGUGAUUCCCCAAAUUGCAUUUGUAGCUAAAAGAGCUACUGUGACUGAUGAGAUUGAAUGUUAAAUGGUAAUUGAAAUAGGGAAAAUCAGCCAACUUUAGCUUGUACUAGCCGAUUGA